UCUUCACUUUCGGCCGCCGUUUGAACAUAUUUCGUUUGGAUAAAAUUUGAUCCAACACCUUAAUUAGACAAACAAGGAUUUGAGCCCCAUUAGGUAAACGAGCAUGGUGUGGCUUAUUUCUUACCUUGAAGUCCUAGGAGGUACAAUGUUGCACCAGCCUCGGAUGGUUUUCUUACAACUUGUCAUCACCAGGUACCAACUAGAUUCAAACUAGAUUCAAUCAUUAUUCGUAUUAUGGACCCUAUAGAAACGGAGCAUAUCUCAGAUCGUGCAGAACGAAGGAGUAUUAAACUUGACUCUUUUCCUAUAUUUAAGGAAGCAUGGAAACACUCCCUCGUAGGACACGCUUCAACUUUACACAAUGAAUUUCCAGAUUACUACCUCUCAAAUCCAGACUGUCUAGCAAGUACCACAACAGUGAAAUCUUUUCGUCUCGGUACUGGCGCAUCUAUAUUCUUGAAAGCACUCCUUCCUGCAAUAGCUACAGCUAAACAUGAAGUUAUUCUUGUUACUUGUUUCUGGGCGCAAGGACCCACUCUGGACGCCUUGAGAGAAACGCUAGAAAAGCUCGCUGAAUAUCGCCGCGAGCGCAUGCGUAGCAUCCGUUCAAAUAGUCCAGAAGCAAAUGUGUUCUCGCCACUGAAAAUACGGAUAUGUUUCUCGUCUAGGUCCCUAUUUCAAAAAUUAUCCCAUCCAUUCUCUAAGGACGGGUACGUGUACCCGCCCUCAACAUGGACGACGCGGUUAGGGUUGCCAAGCCCGGAAGUUUUAGAGGCUGGACUCAUCGAUUUGCGUGUUAAAAGUUUGUUCUUCUUACCUUUUAGCGUGAUGCAUCCCAAAUUCCUUAUCGUCGACCGGGAGAGAGCCUGGCUUCCUAGCUGCAAUGUGAGUUGGGAGGUGUGGUUGGAAGGAUGUGUCGAAGUUAGCGGCGACGUUGUGACCACCAUGGUCGAGUUUUACAGACAUGUCUGGGAUAGGCAACUUGAGAAUCUCACGGGCGGACGUGGUUUGGACUAUGACCGUUCUUGGCUUUCAACACUACUUGAACUCGGCUUAACGUCAGCACCCCAAAAUCAUGCUGGUACUAUCAAGAUCCCAGCGAUACUUCUACCGUCAUCUCAUCACCGUAAUCCUAAGUUUGACUUAAUCCCAUGGCACGACCACCCAGCACCGCCGCCUACGCCUCUCAAUACGGCCGUGCUGCAACUCUUAGAUAUGUCGGAACAUAUCAUCUAUAUUCAAACCCCAAAUCUCACAUCUGCGAUCAUAGUUGAUAAACUUCUAGAGGCUUUAAAUCGGGGAGUCAAUGUUACUAUCAUAAGUAACAAGAGGCUCAUGCUUCUGGAGCAAAUUAUUACAGCCGGGACCACAACAUCUCGUUGUCUUAACUCACUAAUUAAGAGAUAUAAGAAACUCAAAGCUCAGCGUCAAUCGACAAGCAACGACAGCUGCGCAAAUUCAGACCUAGAAAUUGAUAUCGAAGCACAACAACCUCAAUUAGGACUCUUGAAUAUCCAUUAUUAUUGUCCUGCCUCUAAAAACGAAACAGACGAAACAGCCGAAGAGCCAGUGCAGUCGCAUCUUAAACUAACUAUAAUAGACGCUCAAUAUGUUAUACUUGGGUCUGGAAACGUAAGCAAACCCCAGAAUCUGAACUUGUUGGCCUCGAGAAACGUUGAGAUUUGCACCAUUUUGUGGCUUGCGUAAUCUACCAUAGAGAUACACUAACAAGGCGAUUUGCAGAUGGAUCGCGCGAGUUGGUUCACAAGCCAAGAGCUAGGUAUUUUGUUCCACUCUGAGGACUUCGCGACAGCGGUUUUCACUGCUGUUUUAAGUACUCUUCGUGGUAGGCGAGAAUCGGUUUUUCUCUCGGACGACUCUCGGACGAGUUGAAAGAUUGGAAUCCUACUAUCCCGAGUUUGCUUUGUACACUAGAGCAAACUCGCGACAACUGCGGCAAACGUGAAGUCCUGGUAAGGGAUCCCUACCUGGGUAGCCCCGGUUAAGGAUGAAGCUUCCUUACAUUAG